CGCACGUUGAUUUCGGUCAUUUUGCCUGGAGAUCUCCGGUUUGACAUACAUGGGAGAGGCCCGCGAUUUUUAACAUCAGUACUGCAAAAGUGUGUAUAUAUCAUCUCAUCAUACAGGAAUUGUAAUAUUAAUUAGCAUUUAAAUAAUCUUCUGCGGUGAAAGAGGAUACAAAUAAUCGUCGAUUAAGAAAAGUACGAUGGCAGACUAUGUAAUUGGUGACACAAAACCGGCAGAUAUACCUCUACCGGAUGAUGGCCUUUCAGCAGCACAAUUAUUCGCUACCGGCGACGGUCUUACGUAUAAUGAUUUUAUUAUUUUACCCGGUUACAUUGAUUUUACCGCCGACGAGGUUGAUUUAUUAUCGCCGUUAACGAAGAAGAUUAUGAUUAAAGCACCGCUGGUAUCAUCUCCCAUGGACACAGUUACAGAAUCCGACAUGGCUAUUGCCAUGGCUCUAUGUGGAGGAAUUGGAAUAAUACAUCAUAAUUGUACGCCCGAGUAUCAAGCCAAUGAAGUACAUAAGGUCAAAAAAUAUAAACAUGGUUUCAUUAGAGAUCCAGUAGUCUUAUCACCCAAUCACACAGUCAAAGACGUCCUAAAUGUGAAAGCUGAACAUGGCUUUUCUGGUGUCCCUAUUACAAAUACAGGAAAAGUUGGGGGAAAACUAUUGGGUAUUAUAACAUCCAGAGAUAUUGACUUUUUGGAAAGUACAACAAAUCAACAAUACAUAAAAUUGGAAUCAAUAAUGACAAAAUUAGAAAAUUUAAUCACUGCAACUGCUGGUGUUACAUUACAAGAAGCAAAUGUAAUUCUUGAGAAGUCUAAAAAAGGGAAGCUUCCAAUUGUCAAUGAAAAAGGAGAAUUAGUAUCUUUAAUGGCAAGAACUGAUUUGAAAAAAAAUCGUAGUUAUCCAAAUGCCAGUAAAGAUGAGAAUAAACAAUUGUUAGUUGGUGCUGCUAUUGGCACACGCAAUGCUGAUAAACAAAGACUGCAACAUCUUACUACAGCUGGUGUUGAUGUUAUUGUUUUGGAUUCUUCUCAAGGCAAUUCCAAAUAUCAAAUUGAUAUGAUUAAGUACAUUAAAUCAGAAUAUCCAGAAUUGCAGGUAAUUGCAGGAAAUGUUGUAACAACUAUGCAAGCUAAAAAUCUUAUAGAAGCUGGAGCAGAUGCUUUAAGAGUUGGGAUGGGUUGUGGAUCUAUUUGUAUUACUCAAGAAGUUAUGGCUGUGGGAAGACCUCAAGCAACUGCUGUAUAUAAAGUUGCAGAAUAUGCAAGGAAAUUUGGUGUACCUGUUAUAGCUGAUGGUGGUAUUCAAUCUAUUGGGCACAUUAUUAAAAGCUUAAGUUUAGGUGCUAGCACAGUUAUGAUGGGAUCUUUAUUGGCUGGUACCUCAGAGGCACCAGGUGAAUAUUUUUUUAGUGAUGGUGUACGUUUAAAGAAAUAUAGAGGUAUGGGCUCGCUAGAAGCUAUGAAUAGAAAAGAUGCACAUGGCUCAGCAAUGGAUAGGUACUUUCAUAAUGAAAUGGACAAAUUGAAAGUAGCUCAAGGUGUUAGUGGCUCAAUAGUUGACAAAGGAACUGUUUUAAAAUUCUUACCCUAUCUGUUAUGUGGCAUUAAGCAUGGAUGUCAAGAUAUUGGAGCAAAAUCUAUCUCUACCUUGAGAUCUAUGAUGUAUAGUGGAGAAUUAAAAUUUGAAAGAAGGACACAUUCUGCUCAGCAAGAAGGAAAUGUUCAUAGCCUUUUCUCAUAUGAAAAAAGACUUUUUUAAAUAGGUAAAUAUUAAAUGAGCACCUUACAAAAGGAGAAGUACCUGCAUUUAAUUGCAUAUAAUUUGCCAAUUUUAACAAAUUAUUCCCUGAAUUAUGUAAACUCACAUAUUUGCUUAUACCUAAACAUAUAACCAUGCAAAAAUAUUUUAUGAACAAUUUGUCUUUUGAUAAUGGACAAGUGAAAUUUACUUCACAAUUAUUUUACAUGUAAUAUACUUACAUUAUAAUGUAUUUAUGAGAUACAAUGUGUAUUCUUUACACAUAAAUGUAUAAGAAAAAUUGAUCGAUACAAGAGAAGAAUUUCACUGGCAAUUAAUUUAUAAAAAAUCCUAUAAAUUUACAUGAAAAAUUUUUUCACAUUUCUUUAAUAAUUCAAUUUAUUAUUACAUGUAUGUACAUGUAUGCCAUCCUUUAAGUAGAUUAAUCUGUUUGAUUGAUAUUACAUUUAUGACUGAAUUGUUAAACGAGUUAUAGCUGUAUAUUACUGUAAUAUUCUUUUCUUGUUGCAUUCUUUAUAUCUGAUUUAUAUCCCAAAAUCUAUAUUGUUUGAAAUUCCCAUGAAAUCAUAUUAACAUUUCAAUAAAAUUAAUAAGUAAGAAAAUUAAAGGUAUGUAGUAUCCUUAAAAAUCUACAAUGCAGUAAGAAAAGGAUAAAGAAAACAAAUCCAGAAUUUACAUGCCAAACUAUGGGAACACUAUUGGAAAGAAAUUUAAUCAACUUAAUUGUUUAUUAGUUGUAUAUUCAUUCCUACUGUAACGUGAUAAAAAAAAUAUCUCACUAGAUUCCAGUGUUAUAUUUUAUCAGCUAUUUUAAUAUAAUUUAUCAAAAUAUAUUUUUAUGAUCCUGAUUUAAUAUAAGCUAUCUUUUGAGAUGAAGGAUUUAAGCCCAAGUACUUAAACUAAGUCAAUUAAUUAUAUAAUCCUAAACAUAUGAAUUAAAAAAAUACAAUACACCAUUUUAUUAUAGUCAACCGCAAAUUUUAUACAGAUGUUAUAACAAAAUUGUAUAUUUGAAAUAAACCCCUAACUAAUGCUAAA